AUGUCGAAGCCACUAGUGCUCGUCGUCGGCGCGACCGGAUACACCGGACGAGCCAUUGCAAAUGCGAUUCUCGAGGAAGGCAAAUUCCGCCUGGCGAUCCUUGUACGCGAGCAGUCGAUCAACAAGCCCGUCGUUAAAGAGCUUGUCGCUGCUGGCGCAGAGCUGCGGGUGGGGGACACCUCCGAUCCGCCUGAGAAGCUGGAAGAACACCUCGCUGGCGUGGAGACGCUGAUCUGCACCGUCCUUGUGUGGGUCGCCGACCAGAAGCCCUUGUUCGUGGCUGCCAAGAAGGUUGGCGUUAGUCGCGUAGUGCCAUCCGAUUUCGGGCCUGUAGCACCCAAGGGUGCCAUGUGGAUGAAUGACAUCAAAAUUGGCAUCCACGAAUAUAUCAAAGAGAUCGGGCUGCCAUACACCUUCAUCUACGUCGGAUGGUGGCUCACGUUCAUGUGGCCAACGCCCCACUCCGAGAAGAACACCCUCGCCACCCCCAAGUUCUAUGCCGGCAGUAAAGACCAGAAGCUCAUAUACUCGACAUUCCCGAGCAUCGGUAAACUUGUUGCGCGCAUCAUUGGCGAUCCUCGAACAAUCAACCAGACCGUCGUCGCCCACGAUGGUGAAAUCACGCUUGGAGAGACAUGGGCGAUCGGAGAGAAGGUAACCGGCGAAGACUUCUCAGAUUAUUACAAAGCUUCCGAAGCAGAUUUGGAUGCAGCCUCCAAGCAAUCGAUCAACUGGAUGAAGAAAUCUACUGCCGAUUAUUACAGGAGCUUAUACAUUCGAGGAGAUAAUACCAUUGAGAAGGCGGAAGCAGCGGGGGCGCUUAUUGCCAGGAAGCUCUACCCAGACGUCCCUUACCCGGAUGUACUUGAGGAGGCGAAGACGCGUUACGCGACUUCGUUUGUUCCUGAAUACGGUGUUCCCUUGGAGGAAUUGCUCGACGUAUACAAGCCGGAGUAG